AUGGUGCACAAGAAGCCCAAGUCGCGAUUUGAGUGUUUUGUUCAACCAUCCUUCAUGUCAACACUGGCUGUCCAGCAAAUACGGGAAUAUGCAUUCACUGAUGGGCGUACUACUCUACAAACAGCUUAUCUUUCACUCGAGGCCACACUCAAGAGUGAGCCGUCUUCCAGUGGUUCACUAUGUGUACCUCAUACCAUUCAGGACCAGCCAAACUAUGACGAUUGGGAUGAAGUUCCUCCAUGUUAUGAUCCUCCAGACAUUCUUCCAGAUAAGCGCAAAGAGCAUCCCACAUACUGCUGUAGGGACUGCUUUGGGAUGGAGAUGUCCUGUCACCCAUUGCAUAUCAUUGAGGAGUGGAACAGUUCGUUUUUUCAACGUGUCAAACUCAAGACCCUCGGUUUGCACGUACAACUGGGCCAUACUCCCAGUGACCGCUGUUACAACCCACAUCCCUCAAAGGGGGAUGAUUUUGUCAUCAUCAACAUUAACGGAAUCCAUGAAAUUGGAUUAGAUUUUUGUGGCUGUGAGACUGCACAAGUCCGCUACAAACAGUUAUUACAAGCGCAAUGGUAUCCAGCGACUACAAUAGACCCACAAACAGGUGCUACAUUCAACGUGCUCGAACACUUCCACCUUCUCUCAUAUGAGUCUAAAAUUUCCACCUACGAAUUUUUCCAUGGUUUAGCCAGGCACACUGACAAUAGUGGAUUGUUACCCAUCAGGGAUCAUUAUUCUGCAUUUAUGCGGAUUGUCCACGAAUGGCGGCACCUUCGACAACUCAGGCGCGGUGGGCAAGGUCACGACCCUGGUGGCAUUGCAGAAACAAAAGCUAGCGAGCUUGCGGUAAUGUGCCCGGCUGUCUCCUCCGACAAAAUGGAUCCGGGCUUCAACGCAGGAUGGGCCUACUUUGUUGAGGAGAAAGCAUACAAGGCCUAUUUAUCGGACACAUGUGUCAGCCAUAACGCUGUCAACAUGGCUGAUACCAAAUCCUCACAAGGCCUGGCAGCAACCGGCAUAGGAACUGUCGACUGCACUCGACAUGAAUUCAAGUUGCCGAAUGGGGUAGGUGAUCUUCAGAAGGGCGAAAGGUACCUGAAUAUGGAUUACCUUGUAUUCUCGAUGCUGGUCGGGUUCACGUACUUUGUGCCAAAAUUUCACAUUGCAGCCCAUGUCGCAGCCUGUCAGGUCAAUUUCUCAUGGAACCUCACUAAGUGGGUGGGUAGGACAGACGGGGAGGCACCGGAACAAGGUUGGGCAAAUGCCAAUCGCGUUGCAUCGAGCACAAAGGAGAUGGGGCCAGGAACACGACGUGAUACAUUGGAUGAUCACUUUGGCGAUUGGAAUUGGAAGAAGACAACGAUGCUUGGUCGUACAUUGAAGCACAAGAUGGAAGAGGCCAUAAAAUGGGAGCGGGAACAUCGUGCUGCGUUGUACGACCUGGAAGCAACUGUUCGGCCUACACUACUGGAAGAAUGGGGGUUAGAAGUUCAGCUAUGGGAGGAGGACAAUGCUCAUCCAAACCCUUUUGAGAAUAAGGUAGCUCCUGACACAAGUUUGAGUGCAGCACUCAAGCCUCAAGACUUCCCACUAUAUCUUCCAUCAGCUCUCAGCUAUUUCGACCAGUGCCAUCGCCAUUUGAUGGAGUACGAGUGGGAACUUCGGUGGGCACAAGCUCAUGAUGCGCUCCACAAACUCCGCUCCCAUCUUUGUCUAUGCUUGCACAUGUACAAAUUUAAGGACAAGCACUUACGUGGCCAAGCAGCAUCCACCUGUGCCCAGAAUUUGAUUGCAAGUGUCGAGGCAAAGAAAGAUGCAGCAGCGGACAAAUACAAACGCACACGCCAAGCACUGGAGUCGCUAAGCUCUUGUGUGGAUAAGGUUGCCUGGGAGGAAAAACUUCAACCUCUCAGACACAAGGAUGUUCGACCCAUGGGUGAUUUUGCAGGUGGCCAUACUCAGGGUACCAGAACAAUAUCAUGGAUCUGGCUGGUAUCAGACAGAGAUACUACUAGUCACUCUGAGAACGAGCGUGUUCAAGACUGCGUCCGCAUAGAGUGGUGUAAGGCAUGCGCUCGCGCAGCUCCAUGGUCUGAGGAAGUGGAGUUACUAGCCAAAGAAAUGUGA